UCUUAGCGACUGCCAGCCAGGCGCAAACGUCCUCUUCCGCCGCCAUCCCUCAUCCCGAACCAAACGGCAACAGAAACCGGCUAUAAACAUGAGUUUCUCAGUUGAAGAGAGGGGCAACCCCAACUCGCUGAGCUACCGCUUGUUCUUCAAAAAUGCUGAGGGAAAGUACAUUUCCCCAUUCCAUGACAUCCCAAUUUACGCUGAUGAGAGCCAGAACAUCUUUCACAUGGUGGUUGAGGUGCCACGGUGGACUAAUGCAAAAAUGGAGAUCGCUACAAAGGACCUCCUAAAUCCAAUAAAGCAAGAUGUGAAGAAGGGCAAGUUGCGCUACGUUGCUAACGUUUUCCCACAUAAAGGCUACAUUUGGAACUAUGGAGCAAUUCCUCAGACGUGGGAAGAUCCGGCUCAUAAAGAUGCAGACACCGACUGCUGCGGCGACAACGAUCCCAUUGAUGUUUGUGAAAUCGGUAGCCAGGUGUGCUCUCGUGGAGAGGUCAUCAAGGUGAAGGUUCUUGGUAUUCUGGCCAUGAUUGAUGAGGGUGAGACGGAUUGGAAAGUGAUCGCAAUCAAUGUAGACGACCCUGAAGCCAGUGAAAUGAAUGACAUCAGUGAUGUCAAGCGCCUGAAACCUGGUUUCCUGGAAGCCACAGUUGAUUGGUUCAGGAGGUACAAAGUGCCAGAUGGGAAACCAGAGAACCGCUUUGCCUUCAGCGAGGAGUUUAAAGACAAGAACUUUGCCAUCGACGUUAUCAAGAGCACUCACAGCUUCUGGAAAGCGCUUAUCUGCCAGCAAACUAAAUCUGGAGAACUCAGCUGCAAAAACACGUGCAUCUCGGCUGGGGACAGCCCGUACUGCUGCUCCGCAGAUGAGGCACAAGCCGCUGUGUGUGAGAUGUGUCCUUGUGGAAAAGAAGAGCCUAUUCCUUCAUCAGUUGAUAAAUGGUUCUACUAUGAGAAGAAGUAAUCCGGCUGACUGACCAGAAGAAAAAAAAAACUCACCCGUGGCAGAAAAACUUGAAGAUGACCUUUCUGAACCAACUGGGUGCCAUGGUGGUGGAAUCUGUGUCGUCUCUUCUGUAGAUAGCGGUUAAAAACUGUAUAGAGGAGUCAUUGUGUUCUCAUGUCACUACCAACGUAUUUUCCAGUUAUUUAACAAAGAUCUCUUUUUAGAGAUGUGCUGUCAAACAAGGUACAGGUGCUGUCUCAGAAACUUGUGCUGUAUGACACUGAGCUGCUUUAUUAAAGCUUCUCUAAUUAAAUUAU